AUGAGUUCAAAAAGGAACUUAACGCGAAGGAACUCCUAUAAUAGACAAGAUUCUUCUCAUGAAGAAAAGGCUUCAGUUCUUGUCAAAAUCGACAGGGCAGACACAGAUCAGGACCUUCAUGCUGAUACAAGCGAUGGCCCCGAGAAUCAACAAAAAUCAUCUACUGGUCUACCAGCACAGGAGAACCCUUCCCAGAGGCCUAAAUUAUCUGUUUUUACUAAGCAUUUGGGAAGCUUUUCUGGAAAGAGGAGGUUAGAAUCAGGUCAGCUAUCAGCUAUAAGUAUGGAAUCACAGCACAAGAGCUACUUAUCACCGGCAAGGACCUCUGAGGUAGAUCAAUUGCAGCAUGAUGUGCGAAGCUCGCCUCAUUUGACCGCAAAAGAGCGGAGGUUCUCGAUGACUUCUGCUGCUAGCGUUGGCAAUGAUCAGAAUGAGCUUAAUUCAAGAAGUGGGACUAUAAUUUCAACUAUUGACGAGGGCGAUCUUAGUGAUUUCAAAGAUCUACAAGAUGAUUUUAACAAUGCAAUGGAGAGCGGUAGCACUUCAUGGCUGCCGCAAAUAAAGACGGAUCCAGAAUCAUCACCGGCCCAGGCUUUAGCGUCUAAUCGGGACCAGAGCGAAUCAGUACUUUCGAGAAACUCUCGGAUUAACUCCAGAAAUACUAGUGUCAGUCGUAGCACCACUCCGGCUGGGGACGAAGAUUUAACAAUUGACGAAGCCGAUAUUAUGCUUCGCGAUUCUCAAUUACUUCCCAGAACAGAGAGUUUCAUAAAAUCCACUGAUCAAACGUUUGUCAAACAGACUGCUGAAAACUCAAGUGAAAAAGAACCAGACAUUGAGCGGGAAGCAGAAGUUUUAUCCCCACUGAUACUUUGUGGAAAUUCAGUGGGUAUUUUUUCCGCCAAGAACCGGUUUCGCCUUGCAUUGGCUAAGCUUCUCUUGAAUAAAUGGGCUCGCAGAUUUCAUUCCUUUUUGCUGGUCUGCAUUGUUAUAGUUCUCUCCGUCGCAUACUAUAAUUCACCACCGACGGGCCCCUAUGAUUCUAAUACGGCUGGCAUACUGUUGUUAAUCAUCAACAUACUGUACACUUUAGAAAUUGUGGCCAAAGUAAUUGCGUUUGGAUUUUGGGAUGACUCACCACUGUUUGAAGGCAGGGGAGAGGACUACAAGACGAUAUACGAACUGACUGGCAUAGUUCAGCUUCACAAAAGGCUUGAAUCUAAGUACGGAGUGGCCUUUAUCAGCAAACUUUUCCCAUUCAAAUCGGGCUACGGGAAGCUAAACAACGAUGCUACCGAGAAACACUUGAGAAGUUCUGUCACUUUCUUUGGUUCAGCCAAUAGGAAUAAGGUAGAAAUACCGUUACUUCGUGCUUACACACGCAGCAGCUGGAACAGGGUAGAACUGGUCUCGACAGCAAGCUUUUGGAUUUCUUUGUUUCUAUCUAUCAACGAUUAUGAUUUUAAGCACGGUAUUCGAAUAUUUAGAGCACUUGCAGCCUUGCGGAUCCUUAAACUCGCUGCAGGUGAAGAUAGCCAGUCUCCGGUAUUGAGAAGUUUGAAGUUUGGGCUGCCACAAUUAAUCAAUGUCUGCUUUAUGCUGUUGUACUUCUGGGUCUUCUUUGGUAUUCUAGGAGUUCAAAGCUUCCAGGGCUCAAUGCGAAGAACAUGUGUCUGGACAAACCCUGAUGAAGCUUCUGACAGCUAUACUAAUAGUAUGCAGUUCUGUGGUGGGUAUUUAGAGCCUGGAACAAAGAGAAAAAUGCCUUACAUUUUUACUGAUGGCAGGGCCGGCCCCAUUGCCAAAGGCUUUAUCUGUCCGGAGCACUCGAAAUGUGUCUCUGAUGCCAAUCCUUAUAAUGGCAGGGUGAGUUUUGACAAUAUUCUAAGUUCCAUGGAACUUGUAUUCGUUACUAUAAGUGCCAACACAUUUACCGAUAUCAUGUACUACACUAUGGACUCCGAUAGUAUGGCCGCCUCUCUUUUCUUCAUUAGCUGCAUCUUUUUACUGAAUAUAUGGAUGAUAAACUUGAUGAUUGCAGUGCUGGUAUCCUCAUUCGAGAAAGCCAACGAGGUGUGGAGAAGAGGGGAGCGAAAGGAUUCUCCAUCAUUUGUUGAACGAGCCAGAAGGGCCAUCAAGGACUAUAUUGAGAGAAAAGCGGACGCAAAGGUGCUGCCCCUAUGGAGUUCAAAUUUCAUAAAAUGGUACGAGAGAUUUCAGUACUUGUUCGUGAUGGCCAUUGCAGCAGAUUUGGUAAUGCAGGCAACGCUUAAUUCGAAAAGUACCGAAAAUAUGAUCGAGACUGCGCUGAAAUUUGACAGAGCCAUCAGUUUCGUACUCUUAGCCGAAUCACUUAUACGAAUUAUCUGCUACGUGCCUAAUCUGUGGAAAUUUUUGAGAAAAGCUAAUUAUGUCUUCGACUUACUCACUUGCAUUAUCACAAUCGUGAUUACCGCUCCUAUUAUCCGCAGUCAAUUAGGACAUACUUAUUACUGGCUUAACAUAUUCAAUAUCGUCAGGUUUUAUCGCGUUAUCACAAUGAUCAAAGUGACCAGAAAAUUGUGGAAACAGGUUUUGGGAAAUGCGAUUCUCAUUUGGAAUUUGUCUGGCUUCUAUUUUCUGUUUCUCUUUCUUGUCUCAAUAAUCAUGACAGUAUAUUUCGAGGGAACAAUUCCCAAAGAGCAACUGGAAGACAAUCCAUUUUCCAUGUUCAGUUUACCUAAUUCAUUUCUGACGCUGUUCAUCGUGGGCUCGACUGAAAACUGGACAGAAUCAUUGUAUGCCUUACAGGAAUAUGCACCUAACUAUUCUUCGCAAUUCUUUGGCUCGGUCCUUUUGAUCCUUUGGUUCUUCCUUGCUAACUUUGUCAUGCUGAAUAUCUUUAUUGCAAUUAUAGCAGAGAGCUUAGAUGUACCCGAGAAAGAGAAACGUCCAUUACAAAUUAAGCAUUAUUUGAGGCAUGUUUACCCCGAGAAGAUCAAAGAAUACACUAAUGCUACACUGGUACGACGUAUUAAGGACAAGAUCUUCAAACGAUCUGUUAGCGAAGAUUCUCGUGAUUUUAGGCAAUUUUUAUUCAGAGGAACAGCUAUAGUAAGUAUUGCCCAGCAACACAACUUACUGAAUCUAACAGAGAAAGAGCGCGAAGAGAAAAAUACUUUUUUUCUGAGAUUCAUCAUCCCAAGACUUCUAUGGAACAAACUGAAGGAAUUGUCUUGGGCCAAAUCUUAUGUCAAUAAUCCAUUUUAUCGCAAAACUGAAGUCAUUUACGUGGAAAGUCCAGAAUCAAUGGAGCAGAACAAAAAAUAUUCUUUGAGGUUAAACGAGUUUGAAGACGAAAAGCUUCGAUAUCUCAAGCGGCAUCCUUUCUACAACCACUCAUACUAUAUUUUUCCUCACAAUCAUAUCUUCCGCAAAUUUUGCCAAAGCCUCACCCCCCCCAGCGUAGGAAAGCGGACUGACGGUCAAAGAUUUUUUGAGGACGGUACCAGCUUUUAUAACAGCCGGACUCGUUUCAAAUAUAUCAAGCGGGAUUUAUUUGUUGGAUUUAUAUCCGUAUCAACUGUUUUCAUGGUCGUUUAUUCGUGCUUCAUCACUCCUCUUUAUCGCAUGAAACAUAGUGUGGUUGGUCGUUGGUCAGUGUAUUGUGACGCGGCUUUCGUUGCAAUUUUCUCACUCGAGUUCAUCAUAAAGACUGUGGCUGACGGUUUGGUACACACACCAAACGCUUAUCUUCGUAAUCCUUGGAACUGCAUCGACAUAAUCGUACUGAUCUCAAUUUUGAUCAAUUUUGUGGCAAGCUUGAGAAAGAAUGAUGACCUCUCUCGCGUUUUUAAAGGAUUGACUGCACUGAGAGCAUUGAGAUGUUUGACAAUCAGCAAGACAGCUAGAUCGACUUUCAAUCAAGUUCUAUUUGAUGGAUUGGGAAAAAUUAUAGGUGCUGCGACUGUCUCACUUACUUUACUAUUUCCAUUCGCUGUAUGGGGCUUAGGAAUUUUCAGAGGGCGACUUGGGACUUGCAACGACCAAAUGGGUCUGUCCCAAUGCUACAAUGAGUACACAACUGAGGUUUUUGAUUUUCAGGUACUGUCACCCAGAGUGUAUUCACAACCCUAUUUAUACAUGGACUCCUUGGCUAGCUCGUUUCGUUCAUUGUACGAAAUAGUGUCCUUAGAAGGUUGGGUGGACAUACUCAGUAAUAGCAUGGCGAGUACUGGAAUUGGGACUAUACCAGAAAAAUUUGCGACACCCAUGAAUGGGCUGUUUUUUGUGCUUUUCAAUUUCUUGAGCAUGGUUUUUAUUCUCACUCUUUUCGUUUCCUUCAUCAUCCGGAAUCACGCGAGAACGACUGGGAGUGCUUUCUUAACCAUUGAAGAAAAAUCAUGGCUUGAAGUCAAGAGGCUUUUAUCUCAGGUUAAACCAGAGCCUACCCCAGAGGUUCUGACAAUGUCAUCAGCGAGGUUUUUUAUCUAUCGUUUGGCCGUUGAACAGAUGAAUUUUUGGUAUGCCCUUUUUUUGCAAUUUGUUCUUUAUUUACAUAUUGUGACCUUGCUUCUUUACAGAUAUCGCGAGACUAACACAUUACAGCACUACCAGGAUGCGAUUUUCAUGACGAGCACUACAAUCUUCCUGAUCCAAGAGGUGUUGUAUGUUAUUGGUAAGGGAACAAGGCUGUGGUGGUUGAGACAGUGGGAUGUUCUCAAAUUAUUUGUGAUGCUCGCAGCAUUCUGUCUAAACAUUGCAAGGCUAGCUACAGAGGGCACUACGAUUCUCGGUUUCACCCAUGUUAGAGACAUAUUUCAGCUUGCAAUAUUUUUGUUGGUCAUUCCACAAAAUGACGUACUCAGCGAACUAAUUAAUACGGCAAAGUCCAGUAUGCCUUCGAUACUGUCCCUAACUUACACCUGGGGCAUUCUAUUCUUGGUCUAUGCUAUCGCACUUAAUCAAAUUUUCGGCCUGACGAGGUUGGGUGCCAACACUUCUGGGAACUUAAACUUUAGGACCGUCGUCAAAAGCUUGAUUGUACUAUUCAGAUGUAGCUUCGGUGAAGGUUGGAAUUAUAUCAUGGAUGACCUAACCGUUACCUCACCAUUUUGCUACACGGAUGACGAGACCGGUCACUCUGACUGCGGUUCCAAACCAUAUGCGUAUGUUUUGUUGAUGUCCUGGAACGUCUUGUCAAUGUACAUUUUCUUGAAUAUGUUCGUUUCGUUGAUUUUGGAAAACUUCAGCUAUCUGUAUCAUGCUGGAUCAGGAUCUAAAGCAGUAGCUAGGAGAGACGAAGUCAGGAGAUUUAAGAACGCAUGGAAGAAGUUUGAUCCCGAUGGUAUCGGUGAAAUCGAGCACAAUCAACUACCACGCCUCAUGCACUCAUUUGAUGGCCUUUUAUCAUUCAAAAUUUGGGAAGGAAGACUUUCCGUGAAAAACCUUGUUAGCAGUUACAUGACCGUCAACCCGCUGGAUCCUUAUGAUGUCAAAGUUGAUUUGGAUGGUUUGAACAAAGAGCUAUUGAGCAUUGAUCAAGCGAAGAUCAUCGAAAGAAAACAACAAUAUCGAAGAUUUAUCCAGGAAGCACAUUACCUUAGCGCAUUCACAAAUGGGACUAGCCUCAGCAGGCUCAUUUUGCAAGUUCCAUUAUACACUACUUACAAGCCCCAGGAAUGCCUUGGUAUUGAUGACUUCGUGAAAAGACUAUACGUUAUGGGCAAAGUAGACAAGUUCUUGGAAAACGAAAGGAAUGUCGACGUUUUAAAGAUGGUAGUGACACGAUGGAAGUUUCUGUACGAGAAGAUGCGUGUAAAGGACGGUAGGGUGGAACCCGAUGCAACAGACAAGUCAGCUGUGCCGAGUUUCUUGGUGACUGACUCUGAUCUGCCUGGGACACCACACCUGAAUUUCAGUGUGAAUAAUUUCAACUGGUCUCCAAGAAGAGUUAAUCAAGAACGUUCGGACAGUAUAAACGCUUUUUUGGGGAUCGAUGAAGCAGAAGAACCUGGCAUUAGGGAUGAAAGGAAUAAGUUUUGA